GAACCUCAUAGCUUUACCAAAAAGUUGCGUAUUUGAACGUAGAUUAAUCUUCAGCUCGCAUAUUUUGCCUGAUGUUUCUCUAAAGUUUGAAAAACUUGCCGUUCGCUUAAAUUACUGAGUACAACAGCCGUUUCCUGAGGACAUGCUCUUUGUAAUCUACUGCUUCGUUCUCACCGUUUUGGUUUCCCUAAUACCAGAAGGACAAGGUAACUGUCGCAAUUUGAAGUUUACCAGUUUACCUAAACCUGGCUACAGGGUGGAGAAUCACACAGUUCGAACUAUUGAAGUAUUCGACGAGGAUCUCUGCAUGGCGCAAUGCUACCUCGAACCUAACUGCGUCAGUUACAAUUUCCAUAUGAUAAUACAACUGUCUGGAACACACAAUUGUGAUCUGAAUAACGCUACUAUUGAACACGCUGAAGAUCUGGGGAUUAACGAAAAUUAUAUUUACCGCGGAGCUGAGAAUGCUUGUGCCAGAAAUCCUUGCAAAAAUGAUGCAACAUGCCAAGCUGGCUUUACACACAGAGAUUAUCAGUGUUUAUGUGUUCUUGGAUAUGGAUUUGAAGGCCAUGAUUGUGAUGAAGAUUUGGAAGAAUGUACUGUUGGAACUCACGACUGUGACAAGAAUGCUGAGUGUAACAAUACCUUGGGAUCUUACAAGUGUACUUGUAAAGAUGGAUUUAAAGGAAAUGGAACCAACUGCACAGAUUUAGACGAAUGUAUUGGUGGAACACAAGACUGUGACGAGAAUGCUGAGUGUUACAAUACCUUGGGAUCUUACAAGUGUACUUGCAAAGAUGCAUUUCAAGGAAAUGGAACCAACUGCACAGAUGUAGACGAAUGCGUCACUAAAAAACACAGCUGCAAAGGCAAUGCGACAUGCAGUAACACUAUUGGAUCGUACACCUGCAAGUGUAAGGAAGGAUACCAAGAAAAUGAGAAAAAAUGUACUGACAUAGAUGAGUGUUCUAACGAAACAAACAGCUGUGCUGAGAAUGCUGUGUGUAACAAUACCUUGGGAUCUUACAGUUGCACGUGUAAAGAUGGAUUUCAUGGCAAUGGAACUAACUGCACAGGAUUUACAGCUGUGUUUACAAAUCUCGGUGAAAGCGGAAGAAGUGGUCCAGUCUCAAUUCGUAGCUACUACAGAGGUGAGGAUCACGACGGACUAGUUACAGUGUCCAGAGGUAUUCAACAAUGGACUGUGCCAUACACCGGUGAAUACAGAAUAGAUGCAAUAGGAGCCUCAGGGGGGUACGGUAAGAAUAGUAUCAUAAAAAACGGAGGAAGAGGGGCACGGAUGAUUGGAAACUUUUAUUUGUCCAAAGAUGAGAUCAUACGCGUCCUUGUUGGUCAAGAAGGGAGAAGUGGCGAUAAGAACGACAAAACUGCCGGAGGUGGAGGAGGUACUUUUGUAGUGAGAGAAAACGACACGCCUUUGAUCAUAGCUGGAGGUGGAGGGGGAGCUAAAGAAAUGUCAGAACAACAUCUGGGAUGCGAUGCGUCUAUAAAUACAACAGGGAAUGCAGGGAACAACUUGCCAUUGGGGUCGGGUGGAAGAGACGGACAUGGAGGACAAGAAAAUGGUGGUAAUUCUGGUGGUGGUGGCGGCGGCCUGUACAGUAAUGGACAAAAUGCAGGGUCCUCUAGUGGUAAAAGUGGGAAAGGAUAUCUUAAGGGAGGAAAGGGUGGAAAGCAUAGGGGUGGGUUCGGAGGUGGCGGUGGUUUUCGUGAAAGAAACAGAGGAGCCGGUGGCGGAGGAGGUUACUCUGGGGGAAAAGGCGGGGCUGAUCAGGAUAUUUCCUGUGGGGGAGGGGGAGGAUCUUUUAACAAUGGAACAAAUCAACAAAAUGAAUGUUGCCAUAAUAGCGCUGGUCCUGGCUGGGUAACCAUCACAUUUCUCCAAUGA